AUGGCCUACUACGGGAAAUGUGUUGAAAUGGUGAUUGAGCAACUGGACAAAUUCAAACCUGAGAAGGACAGUCCUGAACAGUUCCUGGAAGCUGCAUCCAGCUCCCUGCAGGCCCUGAGCCCCCAGAAGCAGGCGUUCGUUUUGGAGGUUCUGUCUGGGUGCCUUGAGUACCGGAAGUUGCUGACCAUCGUGGUGGACGCCUUCUACGUGUGGGAUGGCCGACUCUGCCUGUGGGCUGACUACAGCCUCUUCCAGGUCAUCUGCUACCUGGCCACAUUCCAGCUGGAGGAGCUCGGCUUCCAGCUCUUCUGUAGCAUCGUCAAGUCCCAGCCCGCCAUCAAGGUGUGCAAGUUCCUUGGGUUCUUUUUCAACCCCUUGAACCUGUGCUCGUGGAUCAAGGACGAAUGGAGCCUCAUCUACGAGACGGCGUACGUGGAGGAGAACUGGCUCCGCCCCCUGAUGAGAUGGCAGCCAAAGGUCCAAGAGCUGAUCAGCCAGCUGGAGGGCGUGUCAGCCAGCCAGUCCCUUCUUUCGAAGACCAAGGCCAAGGUCACAGAGCCCAAGAAAUUCAACUUGACUGACCCCAAGCCCCGUGCCAUUCCCAUGCCGGAGCCAGUCCCCGUGGUGGCCAAGCCAAGAUCAGUCCCUCGGAGCACCUACCAGCUGCCCAAGGAGCAGCAGCAGCUGGACAUGGUCAAGAGAUACAAUCGCCGGAAGGCCGAGGAGCUGCUGUUGAAGGCGAACAUAGAGGAGCUGCGGUGUGCCAUGCCCAGGUCACAUUGGGAGCCACCAACACAGGACUCCACGAAGCAACUGCAGCUUCAAUUCCCGCCCCGAAUCCGAAAGACUCCGAAGCUGACCUUCUUCAGGCCUGACAACAUCCCAGUCAAGCUGAACACCGCAGCCAUCCUGAGAGAAGGGGCCUUGUACCAGCGGCAAGUAGAGAAAGAGCUGCAGAGGGUUGACAAGCUUGUGGAUGGGGCUGGGGACUUCUCCGAGUUCCUCGAGUGGCAGAGGAGGAUGCAGGCAAAGGACCUGGAGGAGCGGCUGGCCGCAGGCGAGUGCCGGCGGCUGCAGGGAAAGCUCAGCCACGAGGAGGCCAUCCUGGCCCGGCAGAACCUCGUGCAGAAGAACAAGCACAGGGCGGAACAAAAGAAGGAGGAGACAGCCAAGCUGAUGUUGCAGUGUGCCAAGAGGCGCCUCCAGGAGGACAGGUCCUUGAAGGAGCAGGUGGAGCAGGCAAUGGAGUUGCAGAAGAACAUCAAGUUGGCCCAGGCAAAGCUUGUGAAGGGCCGAAGACAGAUAGCCCAGGAGGUGAUGGAGGAGAGCCAGGAGCUGCUGCAGCGCAGCGCAGAGGCUGCCAGGGAGGAGCAGAGGCAGCGCUGUGAACUCAUCUCCCAGCUGCGUGCACUGGAGACACGGCCUACACGCAAAGGCAAGCUCGUGGACCUGACCCAGAUCCCUGGGUAUGGCCUGGAAGGGGAGAUGUCUGUUGUUGAGAUGCGAGAGCGGCUGGCCCUGCUCAAAGAGACCCAGCAGCGGGAGGAAGAGGAAAAGCGGGAUCAAAUCAUUCAGGGCAAGCGCACCAAGAGCCAGGAGCUGCAGAACACGGUGGAGCAGAUUUCACUGUGCCGCGCAGCCAUGGGGAGAUCCGCGGCCUUGAGGUGGGAGAAAAAGAAUGCACUCGCGAAGGCCCCCGGCGCGCCCACCCAGGACGAGCGCGUGCUGGAGCUGCGGCGCAGGAUCGCAGAGAGGGCUGCCGAGCGCCGCAGGCAGGCGGCCCUGCUGCACUCGUCGGCGCCGCGGCCCGCGCGCCCCAAGCCCCGGGCGCAGCUGGAGGCGCGGCACUGGCUGGAGCUGGAGCAGAGCCGAGAGCGCAGGAUGUGGGCGCGGCAGCAGGGAGGCUCCUCCCGCGGGCCCGAGCGCCGCCUGGAGGCGGCCUGA